AUGAGGAUCAUGUUCCUGCUACACUGGCUUGGGGUAUUUCUGUCUUUUUCUGGACACACCCGAACUGAGUACUCCCAAUAUCACAAUCCUCCAGAAGUGGUGAUUCCCUUGAGGGUAACAGGCACUGGCCUCCGCAUGAAGCUUCCAGGCUGGCUCUCCUAUGGUCUGCAUUUUGGGGGUGAGAGACACGUUUUCCACAUGAAGAUCAAGAAGCAUUUGCUGCCCAGACACCUCCCAGUGUUCACCUACACAGACCAGGGUGCUCUCAUGGAGGACCGGCCUUUUGUCCAGAAUGACUGCUACUAUCAUGGUUAUGUAGAGGGGGACCCAGAAUCCCUGGUUGCACUCAGUACCUGUUUUGGUGGCUUUCGAGGAUUGUUACAGAUAAAUAACAUUGUGUAUGAAAUUAAGCCCAUGAUUUUUUCUACCAAAUUUGAACAUCUAGUAUAUAGAAUGGACAGUAGGGAGACUCAAUUCCCAGCCAUGAAAUCUGAUACUAUGCAAGAGGAAAUUGUACACCAAUUUGAGUUUCAAGAGAUUGGUAGUUCUACUCUGGAACAAAGUGCUUAUGAGGGCUGGUGGGUCCAUAAUUUUUUAAUUGAAAUGGCAGUGGUGGUUGAUAAUAGUCUCUAUGUUCAUUGGGGAAAAAAUGUCUCAAAGUUGCAGGAAAAUUUAUAUGUUGUUGUAAAUAUAGUGGAUUCCAUUUAUGAGGUAUUGGGCCUUAAGCUGUUAUUGUUUGGUUUGGAGGUAUGGACUCAAGCAAACCAUAUUAAAGUAGACGAUCCAUGGAGAUCGUCGACGUUUUUUUGCCGUUGGAAGUAUGAAAACCUUGCUUCCCGCAUGCCACAUGAUACUAUACAUCUUUUUAUGCAUAAGACAUUAAAAGGAUUAAGUGGUCUAAGCUUUAUUGGCGGACUAUGUAGAAUAAAACGUGGUUGUGCAAUUGUUACUUUUUUAAACAAAUCCUUGACCAUUGCUGCAAUUGCGGUGGCUCAUCAUAUGGGUCAUAAUUUGGGUAUGUUUCAUGAUCUGUUUUUCUGUACAUGUGGAAAAUAUCAAUGUAUAAUGCAUUUUGAUAACCCACCAAUAACUAAAUUUAGCAAUUGUAGUUAUUCUACAUUUUGGGAUCAUUCUAUAGUUAAGAAAAGAUGUUUGUUCUACAAUAUUCAUACAAAGGACAUAUUUACGCUGGCGCGCUGUGGGAAUGGUAUUGUUGAAGAAGAAGAGGAGUGUGACUGUGGAACUUUACAGCAUUGUGCAAAAGAUGCCUGUUGUCUGUCAAACUGCACUCUGAGUUUUGGGUCUAGUUGUGCUUUCGGACUUUGUUGCAAGAACUGCAAGUUCUUACCAUCAGGGCAAGUGUGUAGAAAGGAAGUCAAUGAAUGUGAUCUUCCGGAGUGGUGCAAUGGAACAUCCCAUUUGUGCCCAGAUGACGUAUAUGUGGAAGAUGGAAUUCCCUGCAAUGACAGUGCCUACUGCUAUGAAAAGAAAUGUAAUGACCGCACUACACAGUGUAGGCAGAUUUUUGGCAAAAAAGCGAACAAUGCAAAUCACAGUUGCUAUAAACAGAUAAACACUGUAGGCGACCGUUUUGGUAACUGUGGUACACAAAACGCUUCAUAUGUAAAAUGUAAUAUCUCAGAUAUCCUGUGUGGGAGGAUUCAGUGUGAGAACGUAAAUGAAAUUCCCCUUCUGAGAGAUCAUUCUACAGUGCAUUGGGCUUACUACAAUGGGAUCAACUGCUGGAGUACUGACCACCACUUUGGGAUGACCAUACCUGAUAUAGGUGAAGUGAAAGAUGGCACAGAGUGUGGUGCAGAACAUCUUUGCAUCCACAGGAAGUGUGUCCAUAUAUCUCAGUUAGAUAGCAAUUGUUCACCCUCAUUCUGUAACAGGAGGGGGAUCUGCAACAAUAAACAUCACUGCCAUAAGUCCACUUUAUGGUGA